AUGCUGCCAUUAUUCAAGGAUAACGAUUUCAAGCCAGUAAAGGAUUUAAUGAAACUUACGACAGAUGAACCGCUUACUGCUCACGAUGCCAUCAGUGCCCUUGUUAAUCUGUCUAAAGACCCAGCCAUUGUUGAAGUCAUGAGUGACGAUGCAUUUUUAACCCAAAUGAUUGUGCAUAUUAUUCUUCCUAAAAAUAUCAAUGCCGAUCUGUGUUGCAUGCUUCUUAAUAACAUUUCCAAGUACGAGAUGGUUGCAAAAAAACUUCUUGUGGCCGUGUCUACCGGAUCAACCAAAGAUUCUGAAUCACUGCCGAGUGACUCUACGAUCAUGCGAACCCAUCGUAUUGACAAUCUUUUGGAAAUAUUUGUUCGUGGUGAAACAUCUACCUAUAAUCCCGAAGCCUCGUUUCAUUUUCUUGGUGGAGUUUUUGCCAACAUCACCACUACACCACAUGGAUGUCAGUUUCUUUUGUCGAGAUCUACUAUUGAUCAAACUCUUCGUAUGUCAAAACUAGUUGUUUUCACUGAGCAUAAGGAUGUGAUUCGUCGUGGGUCGGUUGUGUCUGCCAUCAAAAACUGCUGCUUUGGAGCGAGUGUUGCUCAACAUGGCGAAGAUGUAUUGUUUAGCGACGAGCUGAAUUUACUAGUCUAUAUUUUGCUUCCUCUUUCUGGACCAGAAGAUUAUACUACAGAGGAAAUGGAGGGCAUGCCAGACGAGCUUCAGCUUCUUGAGCCUGAAAAGAAACGUGAACCAGACUCUAAAAUUCGUCUGAUGCUUGUUGAAAUCAUUCUUCUUCUCACGUCCACCAGAUUUGGCCGCGAUCGUAUGCGUGCACUCCAGGUAUACCAGGUGAUUAAAAAACUACAUCUUAUUGAGCGCGACGAAGCCAUCCAAUCAGUGAUUGAGGAGAUUGUCAACAUGCUAAUGCGUGAUGAGGCUAGCCAAGAAGUUGCGCACAUUGAGCCUGCACAUUAA